UUGUUCAUCUUUGACGGCCUGGAUGAAAGCAGACUUUCACUGGAUUUCAGCAACAAGGAGGUCGUGCCUGAUGUCUCACAGAAGUCAUCUGUCAACGUGCUGCUGACAAACCUCAUCCAGGGGAAUCUGCUUCCCUCGGCUCUGGUCUGGAUAACUUCCCGACCUGCGGCAGCCAAUCAGAUCCCUCCUGCAUGUGUUGACAGGGUAACAGAAGUACGAGGCUUCACUGACGCACAGAAGGAGGAGUACUUCAGGAGGAGAUCCAGUGAUGAAGAGCUGUCCAGAAGGAUCAUCUCACACAUCAAGACAUCCAGGAGCCUCCACAUCAUGUGUCAGAUCCCAGUCUUCUGCUGGAUCUCUGCUACAGUUCUGGAGCACAUGUUGACCAUAAAGCAGAGAGGAGAGCUGCCCAAGACCCUGACUGACCUGUACUCACACUUCCUGAUGGUUCAGACAAAGAGGAAGAAGCACAAGUAUGAUGAGGGACAUGAGACGAGUCCACAGGAGCUGAUGAAGGCUGACAGGGAAGUUCUUCUGAAGCUGGGGAGGCUGGCGUUUAAACAUCUGGAGAAAGGAAACAUCAUGUUCUACCAAGAAGACCUGGAGCAGUGUGGUCUUGAUGUCACAGAGGCCUUGGUUUACUCAGGAGUUUGUACAGAGAUCUUUAAAAAAGAGAGUGUGAUCUUCCAGAAAACAGUCUACUGCUUUGUUCAUCUGAGCAUUCAGGAGUUUCUGGCUGCAGUCUACAUGUUCCACUGUUACACAGAGAGGAAGACAAGAGAGCUGAGGACUUUCCUGGGACAAGAUCACAAACACUGGGAUUCAAAGCCAGACAGCUACCCAUCACUCGAUGUCCUCCUGAGUGAUGCCAUGGAGAAAUCCCUCCAAAGUAAAAAUGGCCACCUGGACCUGUUUGUUCGCUUCCUUCAUGGCCUUUCUCUGGAGUCCAACCAGAGACUCUUAGGAGGCCUUCUGGGUCAGACAGAGAACAGACCAGAAAUCAUCCAGAGAGCCAUCAACAACCUGAAGGAGAUGAACAGAAGUUAUAUCUCUCCUGACAGAAGCAUCAACAUCUUCCACUGUCUGAUGGAGAUGAACGACCGCUCAGUACAUCAGGAGAUCCAAGAGUUCCUGAAGUCAGAGAACAGAUCAGAGCAGAGACUCUCUGAGAUCCACUGUUCAGCUCUGGCCUACGUUCUGCAGAUGUCAGAGGAGGUUCUGGAUGAGUUGGACCUGAAGAAGUACAACACAUCAGUGGAGGGACGACGGAGACUGAUCCCAGCUGUGUGGAACUGCAGAAAGGCUGUGAGAAGUGUGUAGGAUUUAGUGACAUCUAGUGGUGACAUUGCAGACUGAAACUGUCUGAAUUCCCCUGCCCUCACUCCUCCCUUUUCAAGUGUGUAGGAGAACCUAUGGUGACCAUCAGGUAACAUAAAAUGCUCUCUCUACAGCUAAUGUAUGUUUUUGUCCGUUCUGGGCUACAGCAGAAACAUGUAGGUGCAACAUGGACUCGCUCCCUGUGUAGACAUGAAGGGCUCUUUCUGAACAAAGAAAAACACAAUGAUUCUUAGUUUCAGGUGAUUAAACUCUAUUUGAAAGAUAAUUGUGAAUAUUAUCUUCCAUUUCUGCCAAUAGAUCCCCCUAAAUCCUCCACACUGCUCCUU